CCUUUUAUUGAAGGGUUUUUGAGCGAAGUGAAAGGGUUGAAAACAGAAAACAGAAAAAGAAAAAAAGAAGAAAGAAAAUCAAGAUUAUGGCAGAUACUAGGCGCUAUGGCCUUACUAAUCAAGUGGAUAUUGAGCAGAUACUCAUGGAAGCGCAGCAUAGGUGGUUACGACCAGCUGAAAUAUGUGAAAUUCUUAGAAAUUAUAAUCAAUUUCGCAUUGCUCCCGAACCAGCACAUGUGCCACCAAGUGGUUCACUUUUUCUUUUUGACCGAAAGGUACUGAGAUACUUUAGAAAGGACGGACAUAACUGGAGGAAGAAAAAGGAUGGGAAAACAGUGAAGGAAGCUCACGAGAGACUCAAGGCUGGAAACAUUGAUGCUCUGCAUUGCUACUAUGCUCAUGGAGAAGAUGAUGAAAACUUCCAAAGGCGCAGUUAUUGGAUGCUUGAAGAGGAACUGUCGCACAUUGUUCUUGUCCACUAUCGAGAUGUAAAGGGAAAUAGGACAAAUUUUAACCGCAUCAAAGAGAUUGAAGGAACUAUUCCAUAUUAUGAGGGGGAAAGUUCUAAUUCUUCCAAUUUUAAUCCCAGUAAUAGUCAGAUUCCUUCACAAACGAUGGAUACAGCAAGCAUGAACAGUGCGCAUGUGCAGGCAUCAGAUUAUGAAGAUGCUGAAUCAGCCUAUAAUCAUCAAGCAAGUUCACAGUUCCAUUCUUUUCUUGAUUCACAUCAGCCUGUUGUGGGAAGGAUGGAUACCGGGUUCUAUGAUCCAUAUGUUCAUGCAUCACAUUCAAAUGAUUAUCAUGGGAAACCACCUCCAACUGCUUUUCAACUUACUCAACCAGACAAGGAUAGAGAGUACAAUAAUGUUGGAAUAACGUAUGAGUCCCAGAAGAACCUUGAUUUCACGUUAUGGGAGGAUGUGUUGGAAAAUGGUAAUCCCGGGGUUGGCUCUGCACAAUAUCAAUCACCACUCACCUUGAAACAAAAUGAUAUCAUGGGGCAGCUAUUUGACAACAAUUUUCUUAAAAAGCAGGAGUUUGAGGAUAUAUCACAUGCUCAAGAAGACCGGCAGGCUUCUGAGGGUAAUUCUUCUCAUUUAAUGAAGUGGCCAUUGGAUCAGAAGUUACAUCCAGACCUGAGAUAUGAUCUUACUUCUAGAUUUCAUGAAAAAGUUAAUCACCAUGUUUGUCCAGAAAAGCAACAUGAUGAUUUUCUACCUAAUAACCAGCUGGUAGACCCCUCAAAUGCAAACCUUGUAUAUGUUCCUAAACCAGAUUCAGAGAGCUAUUUGACACUGGAGGGGAAAUCUAUUUACUCUUCUGCUAUGAGACCACAUUUGCUUGAUGGUUCCUUAGCAGAAGAAGGUCUGAAGAAGCUUGAUAGUUUCAACCGCUGGAUGAGUAAAGAACUUGGAGAUGUAGAGGAAUCGCAUACGCAUUCAAAUUCUGGAGCCUAUUGGGAUGAGGUGGAAGGUCAAAAUGGGGUUGAUGUUUCCUCUAUUCCCUCUCGGGGGCAAUUGGAUUCCUUUAUGCUGGGUCCUUCCCUAUCCCAUGAUCAGCUUUUCAGUAUUAUUGAUUUUUCACCAAAUUGGGCAUAUGUAGGCUCUAAAAUCAAGAUUCUUGUCACUGGAAGGUUCUUGAAGAGUAGUGACGAGGCCAAAAAUUGUAAGUGGUCAUGCAUGUUUGGGGAAGUAGAAGUUCCAGCAGAGGUUUUAGCAGACGGUGUUCUUCGUUGCCAUACUCCAAGACAUGAGGCUGGCAGGGUUCCCUUCUAUGUCACGUGCUCCAACAGAUUAGCAUGUAGUGAAGUCCGAGAGUUUGAGUUCCGAUUCAGUCAUAAUCAAGAUAUAGAUACUGCAGAUCACCCUAGCAAUAACGCCUCCGAAAUUCUUGAUAUGCGGUUUGAUAGAUUAUUGUGCCUGGGCUCCAGUUCUCUCAAUUCUAACACUGAUAGCUUAACUGAUAUAACCCAGUUGGGCAGUAAAAUUAAUUCAUUGCUGAAGGAGGACAUUGAGGAAUGGGACCAGAUGUUGGCGCUUAACUCAGAAGAAGAUAUUUUCCCUGAAAAAAUAAAGGAGCAGCUACUUCAGAAGCUAUUGAAAGAAAAGUUGCGUGUAUGGCUUUUGCAGAAGAUUGCAGAAGGUGGAAAAGGCCCUAGUAUAUUGGACCAGGGUGGCCAAGGUGUUAUACAUUUUGCAGCUGCUCUUGGCUAUGAUUGGGCCUUAGAACCCAUUAUAGUUGCUGGUGUGAGUGUUAACUUCCGGGAUGUGAAUGGUUGGACUGCACUUCAUUGGGCAGCAUCUUCUGGCAGAGAACGGACGGUUGCUUCCCUUAUUUCACUGGGUGCAGCUCCUGGAGCAUUAACAGAUCCGACUCCCGAAUAUCCUUUAAGCAGAACACCUGCAGACCUAGCCUCAGCCAAUGGACAUAAAGGAAUUUCUGGUUAUCUUGCGGAAUUUGAUUUAAGUUCCCGCCUUCUAUCCCUGGAUAUGGAUAAGCAAGGUAGUAACGAUACCACAUAUUCUAGACCAGAUGACAUACAGAAAAUUAUGGAGCAAAACACAGCUCCAUUCAGCUAUGAUGAUGCUUCAGAUGGCCCAUCACUAAAGGACUCAUUAGCUGCUGUUUGUAAUGCGACGCAAGCUGCUGCUCGUAUUCAUCAAGUCUUCAGGGUGCAAUCCUUCCAAAACAGGCAGUUAAUAGAGUAUGGUGAUGAUAAAUUUGGAAUGUCUGAUGAGCGUGCUUUUUCACUUAUAGCGGUCAAGUCAAACAAGCCUGGACAACAUGAUGAGAGCGUGAAUGCUGCUGCCAUUCGCAUUCAAAAUAAGUUUCGUGGUUGGAAGGGAAGAAAAGAGUUUUUGAUUAUCCGCCAAAGAAUUGUCAAGAUUCAGGCGCAUGUAAGAGGCCACCAGGUAAGGAAAAACUAUCGGAAGAUAGUUUGGUCGGUGGGGAUUGUGGAGAAGGUGAUCUUACGUUGGAGACGGAAAGGAAGUGGUUUACGUGGAUUCAAAUCUGAAACACUCACCAAGGGGCCUAGCACACCUGCACCCUCAAAGGAGGAUGACUAUGAUUUCCUGAAGAAAGGCAGGAAGCAAACCGAAGAAAGGUUACAGAAAGCCCUUGCCAGAGUUAAGUCCAUGGCUCACAAUCCUGCAGGCAGAGAUCAAUAUAGUAGGAUGAAGAACGCUGUAACUGAGAUCCAAGAGAAGGUCAUGCACAAUAGGAUUCUAAACUUGGCAGGAGAAGCAACAGAUUUGGAUGAAGAUUUGAUUGAUCUUGAAAAACUAUUAGAUGACGACACUUUCAUGCACACAGCGCCUUAAAUGAACCGAUCUCCGUCUUAAUUCUCUUACAAACCUUGUUUGAAUGCUUUGUUGCUGCUAUAUAACUCAUCUGUAAAUGUCUGAACUUAGCCCAUUCUUCGUCAAUGAUUUGAGAUUACAGUGCAUAGAUUUUGGCAUUUAGUUUGGUCCCUGCUACUGCUACUGCUACUUGGUUGUGUA